GCGCCCCCUUCUCUCUACGGACUCCAUCUCCUCUUCUCUCCUUCCUCCCCCCACCGCCGCCGCCGCCGCCGCCAUCGCCACUGCCUAUAGCUCUGCCUGCGCGCUCGCCCGAUACGCCCACCGGACUCGCCUUCCUCCCUCCCUCCGCCGCCGUCGCCAUCCGCGUCCCGCGGAUUCGGCUCCACCAACUGUUCCGUCCCGUCCCGUCCGCCGCCACGAAAACCGCGCCGCAACAACCCCCCGCUUUCCCUCCCGCGCGCCGCCGCGAUCCCUCGUGUGGCCGGACGGGGGGAUCUCGCUCGCCAGGAGGAUGCUCAGGCUUCUGCGCUAGGUUUUCUUAUCCUCAAUCUCCCCCGCGCCGCCACGCGCGAUCGGAUGUUGCCCGGUGGCGCCGCCACCUCCUACCCUCUCGUCGUGGACGAGGGGAUGGAAGGGAGCGGCGUGGACAUUGCUGGAGUCGCCGUUACUGGGGUGGUCGCGGUGGUGGGAGAAGCGGGGAAUCCCCCUUCUGCUGCGCCGCCGCGGACAUCGCUGGGCGAGAGCAGCGGUCUGGACGGACAGCCGGAUGGGGCGCCCCCACCGUUGCCGACCCAGGGCGACGGGGACAAGCAGCAGGAUGGGACGCCCCCACCAUUACCGACCCAGGGCAAUGAGGACAAGCAGCAGGACGGGGCGCCUCCGUUACCGUUACUGAGCGAGGACAAUGAGGAGGGCGGCCUUCUGGGUAAGCAGAUGGAAGUUGCGGCCCCAUUGGUCACCACCGAGAGUAAUGACGAGGACGGCCUUCUGGGUAAGCAGCCGGAUGGCGUACCCCCGUUGCAGAGCCAGGGCGACGAGGACAAGCAGCAUUUGGGCGAGGCCAACAUGGAUGUCGAUGAGGCGCUCUCGGUGAACCAGGACGAUGCGGAGCAGCCCACAUUGACCGAGCCCAAGUUGGAUGUAAACGAGGUCGGCAUUCUGGAUAAGCAGCAGGAUGGGGUGGCAGCAUUGCUCACUGGGAGCGAUGGGGGCAAGCAGCCGGACAGGGCAAUGAGCGAGGCGAACAUGGAUGUGGAUGAGGCGCCCUCGGUGAGCCAAGACCACGUGGAGCAGCCCACAUCAAUCGAUCCCAAGUCGGAUGUAAACAAGGUCGGCAUUCUAGAUAAGCAGCAGGAUGGGGCGGCACCGUUGCUGACCGAGAGCAAUGAGGACAAGCAGCCGGAUAGGGCAAUGAGCAACGCUAACAUGGAUGUGGACGAGCUGCCUUUGGUGAGCGACAACAACGCGGAGCAACCCAUAGCAAGAGAGUCCAAGUCAGAUGCAAACGGCAUUCUGGAGAAGCAGCAGGAUGUGGCUACUGAAGCCAAUAUGGAGGUUGAUGGCAGCGGCGCUCCGGAGCAGCAAGAUCACACCGUGGUGGCUGCGCCUACUGAGGCGAAUAAUUUGGAGUCAGCCGAGGCAAGAGUGGUGGACCAACAGCCCAGCACAUCUCAGGUUGUUCCUCCUGCCAAGGACAAGGAGGUGGGGGAAUGCUUGGUUGGCCGCUACGUCAGCAGCAGUGCUUCAGAUCAAGGGAGGGUUCGCAUCGGGAAGGUUGCGUCCUAUGAUGGCAGCAUUGGGUUGUACAAUGUGGUGUUUGAGGACGGGCAGGGUGAGGAAUUGGGGCUUCCUCAGCUCAGGGAGUUACUCAUGGCCAAGGUGAAUGCUGCAUCUGGCAUGAAGAUGAGCUGCAGGAAGAGGAAGCUGGACUUGCUGGUUUCCCCGGGGAAUAAGGGGCCACCGAGUACUAGGCAGAAGGUUGAUGAUGCGUGCGAGGUGCCUGCCAGGCCUGAUGCAUCUCGGCACGCUGGGUCUGGCUUGGAUGUAUCCGGCGGUGCGGAAUCUUCAAGCAAUUCAUCAGAUUCCACCAAAGAGCCACCAGCUGAGCUGUGCCUGCCGAUGCAGGGUCCCGAGUUGCCUCCGUCGUCCGCAGACAUUGCUGUUCCGGAGGAGUCCAUAAGUUAUCUUUUUUCUGCUUACAACUUCCUGCGAUCAUUCAACGUGCAGCUCUUCCUCAGUCCAUUUGGGCUGGAUGACUUUGUUGCAUCCAUUAAUUGCACUGUGCAGAAUACGUUGCUGGAUGCUGUACAUGUCUCUCUGCUGAGGGUACUGAGGCGACAUCUCGAGACUAAAUCCUCUGAUGGAUCGGAACUUGCUUCAAAUUGCUUGAAGUUUGUAGAUUGGGCAUUACUAGAUGCAUUGACUUGGCCAACUUUCUUACUGGAGUACCUCUAUAUAAUGGGUUGCAUGAAGAGUCUAGGGGGCAAGAGUUUUGGUAGAACCUUCCUAGCCAUUGAAUACUAUAAGCUUCCUGUUACAAUGAAGCUCAGGCUCCUCCAAAUACUUUGUGAUCAUGUUGCUGAAUCAGAAGAACUCAAAGCUGAACUGGAGGCUCGGGAAGGCUACAAUGAGGACAUAGAAUAUGAUACAGACUCUAGUAUUUUAUCGGAGGCUGGGUCAAGAGCAGUCUCAACUAGAGCCUCAAAGGCUUCUGUGUUAAAUAAGAUUGAAGGUUUACAGAGCUCGGAAACUGCUCCAAAUGUAUCACAGCCAGAAACUGAUUUACCAAAUGCUUCCCAGGAUGGCAACAGUGACGAUUGCCGAAUAUGUGGAAUGGAUGGGACCUUGGUAUGCUGCGAUGGCUGCCCAUGGGCAUACCAUUCAAGAUGUAUUGGUCUCAACAAAGCAUUCCUACCCCAGGGACUUUGGUUCUGUCCAGAAUGUGUUGUCAACAAGCUUGGACCAACCUCUUCAAAAAUAGAGCGUGGGGCAAGAGGAGCUCAGAUGUUUGGCAUCGAUAUCUGCGGGAGGCUCUUCCUAGGAUCCUGCAACUAUUUGCUAGUAAUUGGAGCAUCUACGGAUGCAGGGUCAUACACAAGAUAUUACAAUCAGUAUGAUGUUGUCAAGGUCCUCCGAAUACUUGCCUGUUCAGAUGCAUAUACAGAUAUUUGUAGGAGAAUAACGGAGUACUGGAGGCAUCUGCUUGAUAUGUUUCAGAAUGAGAGAUCAAAAAUAGGUAAAGAAGCUGGUGCAGGACAUACUACACAAUCCAAUACAUUGUUGAGUGUUACUCCAAUGAAAGCAGGGGAUGGAAGUGCUCGGACAACUUCAAAAGAUGGCACAGAUGGUAAGACAUUAAUGCUUCCUCAAAUAAAUUUGCAGCAGCAUGAAUUUGUGGCUAAUCAAUUUACAAUGUUCUCAGCAGAGCACCUGGAGGGACGACAACUCAUGAUGGCUAGUGUAGUUGCUGCCACUGAGAAGAACAAUGAAGUCUGUAUGCAAACUCCAUUAGCUCUGAACCACAUACAUAAUGCACCAAGCAAUGGAGCUCUUGGACCCGCUGGAGCAUCUUCCAUUUCCCAUCAGAGCGGGUCUGUGGUAACAGGUGUAUCCAAUGUAACACGCGCCCAGCCAUCACAUGGGUUGCUUCAUCCAAACUUCUCCGCUUGUGGUUCAGGGUUUGAUAAUGGCAUAUCUGGGGAAGAUAAUGGCAGUGCCAUUUCUGUGAAAGCAGACUUGCCUUGUCCUUCUUAUCAAAGCAAAUCCCCUCUUCAGCUGACUGCUGAAAAGUUUGGUAAUACGAGUGGUGGCAGGCCAGCUAAAGUGUCAUGUUUUAGACCCCAGGCUUACAUGAAUCUGUACAGUCAUGGCAGUAUUGCAGCAUCUGCUGCCGCCAAUCUGGCUAUUCUUACAUCUGAUGAAGGUCAGGUUUCAGCAUCCCAAUUGGCCGCAAAUCGAAAAAAGAAAAUGGCUGCCGACUGUGCUUUACAAGUGAAAGCAUUUUCCUCACCAGCGGCACAAUUUAUUUGGCCAAGCACCGAAAAGAAGGUUAUGGAAGUCCCGAGGGAUAAAUGUGGUUGGUGCAUUGCCUGUAAAAGUUCAGCAUCUGGAAGUAAAAAGGCUUGUUUUCUCAAUGUCGCCACUGCAAAUGCUGCUAAAGGAUCUGCUCGUAUUCUUAGUGUCAUGCAUGUAAUCAAAAGUUCUGAGAGCCACUUCCCCAGCAUCACUGCUUAUCUGGCUAACAUGGAGGAAAGUUUGCGUGGCCUUUUAGUUGGUUCAUUACAAGACAUGCAGCAGAGACAACGGUGGCAUAAACAACUACAAGAAGCUUCCAACUGCAAAGCUAUAAUUCCUCUGCUGCUUGAAUUGGAGAGCAAUAUUCGCACCAUAGCAUACUCGACUAGCUGGACGAAGCUCAUAGAUGAAUGGCCAGUGGAAUCUCCUGCUGCAUCUGUUGGUUUGUCCCGUCCUGCAGCAUACCAAAAACGUGGAACUGGUGGAAGGCGGGGCAGAAGACGUUCGUUGGCAACUGAAUCUGUUACUAACACUGCUGUUACUGAUGAUGAUAAGAGCUGGAAAGAGUUUAAUUGGUGGAGUGGAGGAAAUAUUUCUAAACGUAUUUUGCAGAGGGGGGCUCAUCUUAGUUUGGCCAUAAGAAAAACUGUUCGUCAAGGUGGUAAAAAAAGGAUAGCAGGUCUAUCUUAUCACGAUGCUUCCAGUUAUCCAAGACGAACUAGACAAUUUGCUUGGAGAGCAUGUGUAUGUUUAAGCCAGAAUUCAUCUCAACUUGCUCUGCAGGUUAGAUAUCUUGAUGCCCAUAUAAGAUGGAAGGAAUUCGUCCCUCCAGAUCAAAUUCCUUCAGAUGGAAGAAGUUCAGAUGCUGAUUUUUCAUCUCUAAGAAAUGCAGUAGUUUGCGAUAAAAAGAUAGUCGAUAAUAAGAUGAGAUAUGCACUAAAGUUUCCCAACCAGAAGCAUCUCCCUGUGCGUGUAACAAAGAAUAUUUUGGAAACAGAAGAUAAUCAGGAUCAGAAUGUCAAGUUAUGGUUUUCUGAAAACCACAUUCCACUGUACUUGGUACGAGAAUUUGAGAAGAAAGCUGGGGUUAUCUCGUUGCCUAGCCCAGGAACCUUACAGUCUAAUUGUUUCACCAAUUUGUACCAAAGGCGCAUAAAAGCAUCCACUGGAGAUGUCUUUUUUUAUCUCUUUCACAAGGGGGAUGUGUAUCCCUGUGCUUCAUGCAAGAAAGAUGUUCUCUUCAGGGAUGUUAUACGAUGUAGCUCUUGCGAAGGUAAUUGUCAUAAGGAGUGCACUGUAAGAUCUGUUGGUAGCAAAGGAGGAAAUGCUGCUUCCAGUUUGAUAUGCAAGUUAUGUCUUCAGAAGCGUAAUCUUGUCCUGACAAAUUACAACACAAAUACAAGAUAUGCCUUGCCUCAAAAGAACAGUAAUAGCCAAUUGCCAGUGACUGCUCCCAAAAUAAUCUUCAAGGUUGGAUCUUCGCAUUCUUCUGAGCUAGCCGCGAAGAUUCAAGCUCAGCCAGUCGCUAAGGUUGUCCAGCCAGUCGCUAAGGUUGUCCAGCCAGUCACUAUGGUUGAAUCCUACCCAGUCGCCAUGGUGGAAACUCAGCCAACCAGCAAGGUGUUAGCACAUCCAAUCACGAAUGUGGAAGCCUGGCCAGUUACAAAUUUGGCAACUCAGAAUGUUGCAGGGUUACAGGCUCAAGCAAAGACUAGAGCUAAAAAAUCAAAGCCGGAGAGACCAAGAAAACGUAAAAAGACCCAAGAGAUCACAUACUUUGGUCUUGUUUGGAAGAAAAAUAAGAAUGAGAACAAUGGAAGUGAUUUCAGGGCGAAUGAUGUAAUACUGAAAAGCAAGGAUGGUAUAUGUUCGUCAAUAAAACCGACUUGUUGUCUCUGUAACAAACCUUAUUCUCCAGAUUUCCUGUAUGUCCGCUGCGAAAAGUGUAAAGCUUGGUUUCAUGGUGAUGCCUUGCGACUUGAGGAAGAAAGAAUAUUCGAGGUGGUUGAAUACCGAUGCUGCAAAUGCCGAAGGCGAGCCAUACCAAAAUGUCCUCAUUCAGAUAAUUUUAAGAAGUCUGAACCUGAACUCAGUGAACAAACAGUUGCUACAUCGUCCCAGUCAAGUAUGCUCUCUAGUGAGGAGAAUGAUGAUACAGCAGAUCAAGACCCAUUGCUUGCUUCAUAUGGAACAGUUGAACCAAUUCGGGAAGAAAUGUUUGAUGCAGAUUUAUCUGUGAACAAUACAAGAUUUACCCCGGGAACUAAUCAGAAGCUAUCCGUUAGAAGGGCACAAAGUAAAAAUAGUGGAUAUGUCGAUCAAGCCGGUGUACCCGUGAAUGAGGGCCAUAAUCAGAAUCAACCUCCUGCGAAUGCAAACCUGAAGUUCAGUGAUAUGGAUGAAUUUUCCUUGUCGGAGGUUGAUGGUGUGGAUGCUUCGGAGCUGCUGGGGUGGGAUUUGCCCCAAGGAAAUGCAUAUACUUCUGCUCCUGAUUACACUCCUAACUGCCAGUGGAAUGACCCAAGCUGUGGUAGUGCUCCAGCUGGGGAUUUCGAACCACAGACCUUUUUCUCAUUCACCGAGUUGCUUGAAGCUGAUGAUACACGGUUUGACAACACAUUUGGGAUGUCUAACGGUAACUGCGCAGGAAGCUUUGAUCAAGGAGGAGCCAGUUUUGAUGAUAUUUCUGCCUUCCUGGUAGAAGAUGGGUCUUCAAAUAUGCAUUUCCCUGCAAAUGAUCCCCCCUCCGACAAGCCAGCAUGUAACAAGUGCAAGAACUCUCAGCCGCCACCUGAUCUCAAAUGCUUAGUCUGUGGCCUGCACAUACACCGCCAUUGCUCACCUUGGGAUGAAGAUGACCUGCCUGCUGAGAGCGCUGACUGGGCCUGCGGUGGAUGCCGGGAGUGGCGCUGAUGAUCUCUGAACUUCACCCACACUGUUUACUGAAACAGCAGAGCGGCAUCUGCUCAUUGCUACAUCAGGUUGGAGGCACCUCACGGGAAGAAUCUCGAUGGAAAAUUCCCCAUCUAGAUCCGGUUUAAAGUGGGCGUCAGUUGCUGAAACAAGUGGACGUACUCCUGGCCAUCAUAAAGUUAGGAGUGAUCGCCACAAAGUCCACAAUGUACAUAUAUUAUGAAAGGGGAUGGGUCAUCGUCAUCGAUUCUUUUGGCAGUUGGGUGGUUUUGGGAGGAGAUUUAUAGGUCCAGGAUGAUAUAUUGCCAUUAGCAACAUGUUAUACCGGAACUAGAAAACCAUUCCAUUCUCCUGUCAUCUUCCUGUGUUCUUUCUCUGUUUCUUUUCGUGGUAGAAGUUGAAUACCUGGUCUUCUCCUCGUGAUUGAUGGUGCAAAUUGCGUGCGAUGUAUGUGAACACUGUGUGCCUUCAAUCUAGUGAUACCAUUGAAAACA